UUAAAUUAUUCUGUUUGUCAGUUUGUAAAUAUUUAGUAGUUAUUUAAAAAUAUAUUUUUCAGUCUUUCUUAAGCGCUCUUUUGCUGUAGUCUGUAACUAUUUACUAAAUACAAUGUUUCAUCACAAAAAAAUUGUACCCAAUAUAUUUCAAAAAUUAAACCGAUUUAACUCUUCCAUUGCACCAAAGUUACCGCAAAAUGAUUUCAUACCGGAGAAAUACUCUGGUUUAUCCUUAGAAGAAAUGGCACAUAUUAGGCGUACAAGACUAAAUCCGGCCUUAACUACUUAUUAUCAAAGUCCUAUUGCAUUUAAUCAAGGUUACAAGCAGUGGCUAUUUGAUAUAAAUGGAAAAAGAUAUCUGGAUAUGUUUGGGGGGAUUUGUACCGUUUCGGUGGGACAUAGUCAUCCGAAAAUAACGGAAGCUUUGGAGAAACAAAUUAGAAAAUUAGGACAUGUAUCGAAUGUUUAUUUCCAUCCAAAAAUACAUGAAUAUGCGUAUCGUUUAACGGAAAAAUUUCCUGGUGAUUUAAAAGUUGUGUAUUUUGUUAACAGUGGGUCUGAAGCUAACGAUCUGGCAGUUCUUAUGGCCAGAGCAUACUCAAAAAAUUUUGAUAUAAUCACAUUAAAAAAUUGUUAUCACGGAAUGACAUAUCAAACAAUGAGCUUAACAUCAAAUGCGUCUUACAAAUAUGCAGUACCUCAAGCACCUGGAGUUCAUCAUGUAAUGAAUCCAGAUGUAUAUAGAGGCUGUUGGGGAGGUGCACAUUGUCGAGACAGUCCUAUCCAAACUUCUAGAAAUUGUUCUUGUUCACUAACAAAUUGUGAGGCAAAAGAUAAAUAUGUUAACGAAGUUCUAGACGUUUUUAAAUAUAGUAUUAAACCUGGUACACUCGCAGCAUUUUUUGCUGAGUCUAUACAGGGAGUUGGAGGAGUUAUACAAUUUCCUAAAGGCUACAUUAAAAAAGUCUAUGAUAUAGUUAAGGAAAAUGGAGGCGUUUUCAUUUCUGAUGAGGUGCAGAGCGGAUUUGGACGUACCGGAGAACAUUUCUGGGGAUUUGAAGCCCACGAUAUACAACCGGAUAUCGUAACGAUGGCUAAGGGUAUUGGUAACGGUUUUCCAUUAGCUGCUGUUGUAACUCGUCCUGAAAUAGCUCAGGCACUGACAAGUUCGAUGCAUUUCAAUACGUUUGGGGGCAAUCCCUUAGCUUGUACUGUUGGACUUGCCGUUUUAGACAUAAUAGAAGAAGAAAAAUUACAAGAAAAUUGUUCAAAAGUUGGAACAUAUCUUUUGAAAGAACUGGAAAAAUUAAAACGCAAAUACCGAACAAUAGGGGACGUUCGGGGAAAGGGUUUGUUAGUAGGAGUAGAACUUGUUAACAAUGACGAUAUUUCUUCACCUUUAAACAAUGACAAGUUUUCAAAAAUAUGGGAAAGUUGCCGAAAUUUGAGUUUAAUAUUUGGAAGAGGUGGAUUAAAAGGAAAUGUACUGAGAAUUAAACCACCAAUGUGUGUGACAAAAGAAGAUAUAGACUACACAAUUAAUGUUUUAGAUACAGUUUUAGAGCAAACAGAAAAUUCGUGAUAUAUAUAUAUAUUAUUUCAAUUUACUAGAAAUGUAGAUAUUUGAGGACUUCAAUUUCAAUUUUUAAUUAGAAUUUAAAUAGUACAUGUUUUUAAGUACAAAGCACAACUAACCUAUUUUCACUUUUAUGUUUAUUCCAAAGUUGUUUAUGUUGUUGAUAUGUUCUUGUUUUCUUUAUGUGAAAAGAUACGUAGGUACCUACUCAUAAUUGAUUUUAGGGAUGUUGCUUUCGUGACAGACGUUUUUCUUUAGAAGAAAACUGAAGUAAUUGUUGAUUGUUUCCUAAUCUAUACCUUUCUAUCUUUUUGGCUGUUAUAUUCAUAUCCAGAUCAAUCAUUUUCCUGUAAAGCCUAUAAAAAUCUUUUCCAAUUUGUGAGU